CUCAACAGAGGCAGCGCUGCCCCAAACUGCUGCAAGCGCGAACUGUUAUCCAUUGGUGCCUGCGAACACAGCCGUCACUGAUUAAGGGCAACCUUCUAAGUAGUUCCGGCGCAACGCCACAGAGGCUUAGCUUAGCUUAGACUGUUCGAAGGCGACCAAAAACACUUUCUUGACGUGUUUCCGCGCUAAUAUGUCAGGGGUCACGCCACACUUAUUAACCUUGCAUCCCAACGUGCUCGGAGGCUGCUUUGGCGAGUGUGCUCCGCGUGACGCAGGGCAACCUCACUCGUAUGGCACGUUACUAGUUCUAUUGGAAUAUGUCCUGUUCGUGUUGAUUUCCCUGUCCGGAGGCUUCAGCCCACCGAAAAACAUCUCCAUCUGUGGUUAUUUGGAGCUCUUGCCGGACUGGAUCGCGUUCUUUUAUUUUCACGUUGCCGCCUGCGGAGUAGACUCCACGAUUUGGCACAUCGUCAUGACGGUGAAGAAGGAGCCGCAUAUUCUUCUUGCAGCGAUUCAGAUGGUUUCAGGGGUGGCUUGCGCUGGAGCAUUACUUGGUUUCAGUGUUUUUCCACGCUGUCUUUGGGAAAGGCACCAGUCUUGUGUGCUGCUGUGGGUUUACGCCACAUCUUUCACGAUGUUUCUAAUGUUCCUGAGGGAUUCCCGGAAAGAAAAGUAUUCUGCCAUACCACUCAUGUGUUGGUCGCUGGGUGCAUUUUUUUGCAACUUGUUUUACUAUGAAUCGACUUUUCGAUUCUAUGCCGCAGAGGGGAUGACGAUAUUGGCCUACAUAAUGUGGUGCUCAAGUUUGCAGCAUUUGCAUGGUCGAAAAUUGAAGAUGACCUAUGUAUUCCUGGUUAACGGGCUGGAGGCGGCUAUCAUCAUGAAGUUUUACCGAUAUAAUCAGCACCAUGUUUGCAAGGAAAGUGGAAACUGGUGAAACUGUAUCGGAAUGGAUGUGUGAAUUGUAAGGGCAGGCUGCAAGUCUUCAAAUGACCUUAGAACAGCCGAGGAGUCCGAAUGUCUGCAGCCGAAGAGUACAUGAGGGUACAUGAACGGCAGAAAGUCUCUUGGGAAAACUGACACGCCGUGAUUUCUUUUUCUAAAUCGUCACAGUGAGUUUUCAGCAUCCUUCCCAUCACCCUUUCAGUCUAGAAAUGUACUCAUCGCCACCCAGUGACAGGAUCCUGUCGAGCUCGACUUGUAUCUCUACGGCCUCCUUCUCCAUCCCAGCGGAUUUAAAAUCCUUUAUGACUUCACGAAGAUGAUCAGUACUCGCAAGAUCUCUCUCACGGGGAUCACGCGCACGCCUCCCGCGCUUAGAGACGAGUCUUUCCAACUUGAACCUUUCAGCCUCAAUAUCUUCUUCGGUGGCGUUAUCCGAACCAUCGCACACGGUGAUAGCCGCAUCCCCACCUGCGUUCAUCUUCGUGACAUUCGCAGACUGAAUUGUAUCGCCCCAGGUUAUGUAUGGACCUAUGAAUGAAACAUCGUUGGAUUGCACCUCCGAGCCUUCCUUGGUGACGUAUACGCAACCUAGUGGUACUUUUAGCGUGACGUCUUUCACUUUCUCAACUUUUGACACUGCGCCACCGCCUUGGCGAAGGUACAGUUGUGUUAAAGUUGUAAAGAUAUUGUUAAAUAGCCAGUACAAAGUCAGGCC